AUGAGCUCAGGGUGGAAUCCAGUAAUGGAUGAAGCAGACGACUAUGUGCCGCAAAUCUCGCAGCUUGACUAUUCGCUUGUAGGGAACGGACAAGGUGUUUUGCACAAUGAUUCAGGAAUCUACGCUCCUCCUCCACCUCAGAUGUCGUUACAGCAUCUUCCUUAUGCAGCAGUCCCAGGUGCCGCUAGCGAGCCGUCUGUCAUGCAUCCUUGUGCAAUCACACCUCACAUUAUUCCUCAGCAACAGGUGAUGACCGCAGCUAGUCAGAUGCCUCCACCAGUUGUAACAAAGCCUAAGGUUCAGAGACGACGUAAAAACGCUGCUAAUAUCGAGCAGCAGCAAGUAGUUCAAAGUCAGACUAUGCUUCCAGCAUCUCCGAUGCCACCGAGACAGCAGCACUACAUAAGCAAUAUGACGCCAAUGCAGAGUAUGGCAGCCAUGUCCCAAAAUCCAUUGAUGUCACAUUUGCAUGCUUCAUCUCCAGCAACGCAGAUGCAGCAGCAACAGCAACAAGUGAUGCCUGGUAAGCAUCAGGGAGUGACUGACGUGACUUCAUCACCCAUUCGACAUCCGGGUUUGCCCCCUAAUGUUCAUGAUCCAUACCAACAGCAGCAUUGGUAUCAGCAGCAGCAGCACCAGCAGCAACAACAACAACACUUUCGAGUUCUUAGCAGUUAUGCUGCGCAGCAUCAAAUGUAUGCAAAUGCGCAACGUCAGAUUGUAAACCAUCCGGUACCUCCUCCACAGCAACAGUCUUAUUACACACAGCAACAGCAGGACGCGCCAAAUCCGAUAUACUAUCAACAGUCGCAGCAGCAACAGUCGUAUGAGCAGGUCCCACGUUAUCCGCCGCCUAUCAGUCCUCAGCUUGCUCAACAGUAUUACACGGAUCAAGCCCAGGCUUUUUAUCCAUCUCAGAGUCACAUAAUACAACCGCAACAUUCGUCACAUUCUGCGGCCAUGCCACCAGUGCAUCAGCAACCAUCUUCGGUAUCUGCAGACUGGCAACAGCAUACUUCCAGUGUGCAGCAACGCUAUCCUUCGCAGACUCAAUAUCCCACGCCGUCUGCUGGAAUUCAAAUUGAGAUUCAACAGGUGCAACAGCAAUUACAAUCAAUGUACGAAAUCCCAAACAGAACCAUGCAAACAGCCCAGCAGAUCGAGCAGUUGCAACUUCGUUUGCAGUACUUGCAACAGUGCUACAUGAAUGAAUGCCAUGGAGGUGCGCAGCGGAGUGAACAACCUGUAUCUGUUAUGCAGCGUGGUUCAGAAGUGCAGGUGAAUAUAAAACCCGAUGUACCAGGUCACACUCUUAUUAGCGUCUAUCACCAAUAUCCUCCAAAUUCAACGUCAGCAUCGAGUAUUUUGCCAACAGAAAAUGUGAUUACAAAAGAUUGUAUUCCUCCAGAACCUAUUCCAUCACGUGUUCGUACUCCUGUUGAAGAUCCACCUGCACCAACUACCAUAAAUUCUACAAUUAACAAUGUUACAAGUACAAUGAGUAGUCAAAUGCCAUUUAUAGGAACUCAAACACCUAUCAUAUCAAAUGCAAGCGAUGCAACACCUUUGGUGUAUAAUGUGCAUCAACAUCAAGGUUUAUUUCAGCCUGUUAUAAACCCUGGUGCCACUGUAAUAGCACCGAAAUAUCAAGACACUUCCAGCUUUGAGUUAUCCAAAUCACAACGGCAGCAAUCUGAUGAGAGUAGAUCCCAAUUUAACCGAGAAUCAGAAACUUCUAAUGAGCUUUCUACUGCUCUUUCUAGUAACACUGCUGUAAACAGGGUUGUAGUUUCGGGAAUAAAUGACCGACAUGCAUCAGAUCAGUACAAAGUGAGUGUUUCAAUAGCAAAAGCGGAAGAAAGAGACGAUGAACUUGCUAGAGAAAUGAGACGAGUAGAAAUGAUGGAUUCACUUAUGACAAAUCCCAGAAACGAAUUGGCAUGUAAUGUACAUACAUAUAACUCAGAGACUGGUCUUCCAUCUGAGGAAUUAUGUGAUGUGGAAGAAAGUAAAAUUAGCGGAGAAGCAAGGAUUAAUAAUAAAGAUGUAUCUCAAGUUUGUAAAACUGAUGAAGAAUCCAAAGAUGAAUUUGUUUUGAAAAUGGAAGUUGAUGUGCAAGAUCCUACUAAUAAUGAAUUAAGCUGUGAGAGAAGGUCUGACAAUGAAAGGACGAAAUUUAAAGAAAGGACAGCUAAUAAAUUGUUUCGUGAGAGUAGAAGUGUAAAGGUAGAAAGAAUAGAUAUGAGUGAAAGGCAAGAAGAUAUGUCAGAUAUGGAAGCAGAUAAUAGUAGACCUGAAUUUAGUAUUUGGAGGAGUUGUGAAGAUGAAGCUAAAAGAACGGUCAAUGAUCCACGGGGGGAAGAUAUCGAUGAAGAUGAAGAGCACACAGAAAUUUCAACGGAAGCAGCAACAUUUGCUCAGGAAAGCACUGCAGAGGAAGAAAAAGCGGGAAGAAGUGAGUUGGAUGCAUCAUCCACGUCGGAAGUGCCGAGGAGAAAAAGAGGACGACAACCAAAACGAGUUCAAAAUAGGAAACGAAAACUAAAAGAAGUAAGGAUGGAAACAGAAGUAGAUGAAGAUUUUGUACCAGAAUCAAGCCGGAAUAGCAAGAGACUUCGUACCAGGCGACGAGCAGCACGAGAACGUGAAGAUACUCCUUUCGAAUAUGUCGAAAAACGACGAUCCGGUAGAACAACUAAUGUAGGGAAGAAAAGCUAUGAUUUGCAAGCAAAGUGGGACGAAAUGGAUGAAGAAAUUGGAGAUGAUGUCGGAAGUCAAAAAGAGAAAAAAAAUGAAGAUCAGAGUGAGUUUAUUAUAGAAAAAAUAAUGGGAGUGAGGAAGAACGAAAAUGGAUCUGACUCCUACUUUGUGAAAUACAAAAAUAAGGCAUAUAUUCAUUGCGAAUGGAAAUCUCAGGAAGAACUAAUCGCUGGGGAUCGACGAGCAGCCGCAAAACUGAAACGUUUCCAUCAGAAACGAGCACAGAAUUCGGAUCAAGAUGAAGAAGAACAGUUUAACAGCGAUUUCGUGGUUGUUGAGCGAAUUUUGGAUGCUAAUAAGUUCGAUGGGAAGGAUUUUGUGCUUGUUAAGUGGAAAUCAUUGCCUUAUGAAGACGUUACGUGGGAAAAAAUGGAAAUCAUUCCUCAAGACAAAAUUGAAGCAUACAAACAACGAAAUGCAUAUAAUCCUCUGAAAGUGAAGCUGAAACCCCGGCCAUCAGCAUCAGAUUGGCGUAAAAUCCCGGAAGAUAUAAUAUUUAAAGAUGGUAACCAGCUACGAGAAUAUCAGUUCGAAGGUGUAAAUUGGCUUCUGUACUGUUAUUACAAUAAGCAAAAUUGCAUUCUUGCUGAUGAAAUGGGUUUAGGAAAAACUGUUCAAACAAUAUGUUUCCUACAACGUAUUUUUGAUUAUGGAAUCCAUGGACCAUUCCUGAUUGUUGUUCCUUUAUCUACAAUCCACAACUGGCAACGCGAAUUUGAAACAUGGACCGACAUGAAUACUGUGGUUUAUCAUGGAAGUGCAUCUAGUCGUCAGAUUAUCCAACAAACGGAAUUUUUUUAUCAUCCAGAAGAAAUUAAAGGAACUAAGCGUAACAUUGUUAAAUUCGAUGCUCUGAUCACAACUUUCGAAAUGGUUGUUAGCGAUUGUGAUAUUUUAAAGCAAAUCAAUUACCAAGUGUGCAUAAUUGAUGAAGCACAUCGAUUAAAGAAUCGGAAUUGCAAAUUGCUCACAAGUGGAUUGCUUUCAUUAACGGCAGAGCAUCGUGUAUUACUCACUGGUACACCCUUACAAAACAAUAUCGAGGAGCUGUACUCACUAUUAAAUUUUCUGGAACCAGAGCAGUUUCAUAGUUCAUCAGCUUUUCUAGAACAAUUUGGACAGUGUCAAACAGAAGAUCAGGUGCAACGUUUACAAGAGAUCUUGAAACCGAUGAUGCUACGUCGACUCAAGGAAGAUGUUGAGAAGACGUUACAACCAAAAGAAGAAACUAUUAUUGAGGUCCAGUUGUCGAAUACACAAAAGAAAUAUUAUCGAGCAAUACUGGAAAGGAAUUUCUCACAUCUUUGCAAGGGUACAUCCGUACCUUCAUUGAUGAAUGCCAUGAUGGAAUUACGAAAGUGCUGUAAUCAUCCGUUUCUUAUAAAUGGCGCUGAAGAACAAAUUCUCACUGAAAUCAAAUCAGGCCAUCCUGAGUGGAAUGAGGAUGAUGUUUAUCAGCAUGCUUUGGUACAGUCAUCAGGGAAAUUGGUUUUAAUUGCAAAAUUGUUGCCGAAAUUGCAUGCAGAUGGUCACAAAGUAUUGAUAUUUUCGCAGAUGGUCCGUGUUUUGGACAUAAUCGAGGAAUUUCUCGUCGCUCAAAAUUAUACUUUUGAACGAAUUGAUGGUAACGUCCGUGGAGAUUUGAGACAAAGUGCUAUCGAUCGUUUCAGUAAAAAAGAUUCAGAUCGUUUCAUUUUCUUGCUUUGUACUCGUGCUGGUGGUCUGGGUAUCAAUUUAACUGCAGCUGAUACUGUAAUAAUUUUUGAUUCAGACUGGAAUCCACAGAAUGAUUUGCAGGCACAAGCUCGAUGUCACCGGAUUGGUCAGACGAAAAUGGUGAAGGUAUACCGUCUGAUUACUUGUAACACAUAUGAACGCGAAAUGUUCGAUAAAGCAUCACUAAAACUGGGCUUAGAUAGAGCUGUUUUACAGUCUACUACUGCAAUGAAGGAUACAUCACAGCAGUUAUCACGGAAGGAAAUUGAAGAAUUGCUUAAAAAAGGAGCUUAUGGAGCCAUUAUGGAGGAGAAUGCUGAGGAAAGUAAAUUUAAUGAAGAAGAUAUUGAGACAAUUCUUCUACGUCGAACAACCACUAUAACACUUGAAGCAGGUAUAAAAGGAUCAACAUUUGCGAAAGCAUCUUUCAAUUCAUCCACAAACCGAGAAGAUAUUGACAUUGAUGACCCUAACUUCUGGUCAAAGUGGGCUAAAAAAGCAAAUAUUGAUACGGAAAUGAGUCAAGUUGACAAACAGCUUAUUGUACUUGAGCCACGAAAUCGGAAGAAGAGGUUUGAAGACAGUGUUUAUAAGUCUGAAGGAGGGGAUGAUACUGAUGGUGAAGACAGUGAUGAUAGUAAUAAAGGUCGAAAACGUGGAGACCGUAAAAGUGAUCGGAAGAAACGUCGUGAGGAUGAAGAGUAUCGACCCGAUGAGCUAGCUUUCAAUAAAAGUGAAUACUUUAAGAUUGAAAAAGUAUUGGGACAAUUUGGUUGGGGUCGAUGGAAAGUAAUGCGAGAAGCGUGCGAUGUAAAGGACAGCGUAACUGAAAUUGAUAUUGAGCAUAUUUCAAGGACAUUGUUGUUGCACUGUAUUCGUGAAUACCGUGGUGAUGAAAAAAUUCGAGAAUUUGUUUGGCGGUUGAUAAUUCCAAAAGGUGGUUUAGUAGUUGGCAAGAACACAAACAAAAAGAAAAACACUGGUUUGACUUCAGUGUUUCAUGAAGGUUGGGCUGCAUUACCAGAAUAUAAUCCCCCGGCUUUUGCUGUCGAUUCAUCUUUCCAGCGUCAUGUCCAUCGUCAUUCGAAUAAGUUAUUAAUUCGAAUGCAUCAGCUUCACAUUCUUAAUACUGAAAUAAUCGGUAGUAAAAGUGGAGCAAUCAUGAACAAUGCAAAGGCAGAGGAAAUCGAUUUGAAAAUUGAUAUGAAAGAUGCAUUCGUUAAUGGCUGGGAUAAUGAAUGUGAUAAGAAUUUUUUGAUUGGAGCUCAUAAACAUGGUCUUGAAAAUAUCGAUGCUAUGCGUGCUGAUCAGGCGCUAUGUUUGGGGUCAAAGAAAAUUGAAGUUUUUCCAAAUGUAACUGAUUUGUUAAACCGUUUCCGACGUCUUUUGACAUAUUUUCAAAGGAAGCGGCAUAACUCGUGCACUUCCUGGACGAAGCGCGAAGAAGCGGAAUUUAUGCGUGUAUUGAGAAGCUACGGUGUCAAGGAUGAUCCAUUAACGAUCAUUUCUUGGACUCGUUUUCGGCAGCUUUCUCCAAUAUUAGAAAAGAAGACAGAUAGUGAUUUAAUGGAACAGUUGUAUUGUAUAUUAUCCAUGUGUACAAAGCAGCUUGGUAAUGAAAUGACAGCUGUUGACUUGCAACGAGCAUUGAAAGUUGAGUCAAUUUCGUCACGGAAGGCGCAAAAAUUGAUGCAUAGAAUGAAUAUGAUGCGCCAAAUUCACGACUGGCGAGAAACGUUGACUGAUCGACGGGAAUUACUAAAAAUUUGCUCAAAUGAAGCAAUGCCAAGUGGUUGGUCAAUUGAACAUGACGAAGAAUUAUUCAGGAUUGUUGACGAAAAUGGUUUGGAUAGUAUUGCUACUAACAUCCAUAGUAAUCCACUUUUUCAGAAGAUAACGAAACUAGAAGAACGGACCUUAUUGCGGCGUGUUGCGGAGAUUUAUGCGACUUUUCAAACAAAAAAAUGGAACGGAACUGCUUCUACUGAUUUGCUGGAAGAUUCUGAUGAUGACGGGAGUACUCCAGUAUUGUUACGUUCGAGACGAGGACGAAAAAAAAAUACCAUGCCAGGCACAGCCAUACAAGAUUUGGUUGACGUUGAGAAAGAGAAAAUGCGUGCUUUGGUUCAUCAGACAUUUUUACAUAGGCUCGAACAACUUCCAUUCGCUGCAGCAGCGGCUAUGGCACAAGGUGCAUUUUUAUUACCAUCACUUCUGUCUGGUAGUAGCGGAGUUCCUUCUUCAUCAUCAUCUGCAUCAACUCAAUCUCAAGCAGCAGUGCUUUCAAGUUUAUUUGGAUUAGCUUCUGCACAAUCUUCAUUGUCAUCCACUGCAAAUACCUCUAAGAAAGACGAUUAUACUGAAGAUGCAUUGAAUCUGAGUACGAAAAAUAUACCAGUUACCAGCAGUAGCAGUUUGAGUCAACUACCCACUACUACAGUAUCAACUUCUUCCACAAAUCUCUUGAAUAAUUUGAAUAUUUCAGAACUGUUUGCACUCGCGAACUUACCUCCAGGAAUCAAUGCUGCAAUACGUAUCUUUUCAGAGACUCGUUUGCCCGUAGUUAACAUUGAAACAGGUGCCAGAUUAGUUGGUGAGCAAGCACCAAAAGUGAAAAAUCUUGGACCGUGGUUGUCAGCGCACCCUAAAUAUGUUCUAGAUAUACCAUCGCCAGCGGCUUCCGCUGUUCCUCCCGUGCUUCAGUCAGCAUCUUUAAAACGUACAGAAAAAGAGAGUAAAGCUAUAUCAGCUACGCAAGAUAAAAGUAGUGCAAAUAAAGAAGGCAGUAUGGAUUCGCUAUCUAAGGAAACGACGGCGACACAAAGCAUUCCAAGUUCAUCUAAGGCAACAGCUACGGCGUUAAUCUUAGAACCAGGCGAAGUCCCUCGCACUUCACCUUCAACUAGUACUGUUAAUAUCUCAUCCGCAACUUCUAUUUCUUCUACGGCUCUUACUGAUCAGCGAGUUGCCGUCUUUCAACGUUCAUCUGGGACAUUGGUUUCGGCUGAUAAAUGGCCACUGUUAAAGAAUCUUGUUUCCUGGCUUGACAAGCAUCCGGAAUACAACGUACACUCAAGUAGUACAUCAGUUGCUGCUACAGUUUUGCCUAAGAAUUACUCUAAUCGAUUAGGUGGUGAUACUGCUCUCUCGACAUCAUCGACAAACAGUUUGGAGGCGUUGCAAAUGCAGAUGAUGUUACAGCAGUCGUUAAUGAAUCAAACUCUUCUUGGAUUAGGAGCUUACAGUUCAUUGGGAUCAUAUGCGAUGCUUGCAGCUGCAGCAUCUGGUUCUAUGCAGUUAAAUAAGGGCUCAUCAAAAGAUGCAUUGAAUCCUAUGCUUGCGUCUCUAAUGAAUCCAUCGUUACACAUGCAGCAAAUGCAGUCACUGUUAACAUUGGAUCCAUCGCUUCUCCUCAGUCAAGCACUAUCUUCGAAUGCUAGUAGUGCACCUUCGAUCGCGAAUGUGAGUGUUUCAGCACAUACGACAAAACCAUCUACUACGUGUACUACUACUGUUCCUUCUACCACAGCAAAGAAAACAUCAAGUAAAGGCCGUUUAAAUGCUGUUGUAGAAAAAUUGUCAUCAAAUCAAAGUUGA